AUGUUUGGGCCAGAUUCCUUCAUCUUCCAUGAUCCAUCUGACAGAAAUGCCAAACUCUGCACCACAGAAGCGAAACUGGUGAGGCCCUUUGGACAGGAAAAGAGAUGGAACCUAAAAAAAUCACCAGUAUUUCCACAUUUCAGAAACCCACGAAAUCAUAUCCGAGGAGAAAGAAAAGAGAAUAAAAAGAAGAGGGUAUCAGCCAACCAACCAUGCCUUGAGAAAGGCCAAUCCUUCAGUCCAGCUGAACCUCUCAGAAGUGCAGAGGAAGAGCCUGUUGAGACAGCAAAGCAUGAAAGUAGUGGUGACAGUAUACAAGACAGCAUUGUGCAACCAAAGGACCAACCACAACAGGAGCUUCAGUUACCCAGAAUUGCUCAGCCUCAGCAAGUUGCUAGACAGGCUCCUUCUGAGGAUGUGGUGCAAAGUUGGCUGAUAACACCACAGUUGAACAGUAUCCUAGCCCAAAGGAAGCAUGAGAGCCUUUUCAUGCACAAUCUGGAAGAAGGACUCCUGAAAAGAAUAGCAAGGCGAAAAGUCCGUCGGCACGAGAUGGAAGCUCUAACCUUUCCCAGCAAUCUGCCCAUGACACCACGGAUGAUGAGCAAGGGAAUCGUCUGUACCACCGAGUCAGAGUUAAAAACUAUGCAGCUGACAUUCCCAGAACUGGAUGAAGAAUCUGCAAAAAAAACUUACCCCAGUGACAGAAAGAAACCAUUUGAUCAAACCAAAAAGUCCAUCCUGCCCCCAUUAAUUAAGAUGUCAAGAUCCCAGCUCUCUGAAAAUAAGAAGAUAUCAGGUUGCCAUCUUCCCACAGUUCCCACUGUCCCUGCAUCAGUGUCACUAAAGUGGGGAAAAUUCUAA